UUGACUCAGCAAUUUGUGUGAGUGCUACUCCAGUAGCCUUAGCUUCGAUUCCCGCCCCCUCCAUGUCGGAAAAGAAGCGCCGCCGAGGCGACGGCGGCCCCUCCGCCGGCCACUCCGCCGCCGGCAAGAAAAUCCGGCCAUCCUCCCGCUCCGACGAGCUCCGUAACCAGCUCAGAUCCGAUGCUGACAUCCUUGAAUCCGUCCGCAAGAUGGCGGCGGCCUCUAAAUCUGCUGCCUCCAAAUCCCUAACCCUCUCCGAUCUCAAUCUAUCCUCCGCUUGUCGCGAGGUCUCCGAUCGCGAUUCUUCUUCCGUUCUCCUCUCCAUCGAACGCGCCGCUCUCGACGCCGCCCGAUCCAUCCUCUCCGGCUCCGGUUUCUCCUUCCUCAUACCCUCCCGAUCCUCCUCUAACCAGCUCUACGUCCCCGAGCUGGACCGCAUCGUCCUUCGCGACAAGGCCUCCGCACGCCUCUUCGCCAAUCUAUCCACCGUUAGAAAGGCCACCAUCACUGCUCGCGUUCUCUCCCUCGUCUACGCGGUUCUGCGCCGCAACAUCCAUGUCACUAAGCGUGAUCUAUUCUACACCGAUGUCAAGCUUUUCCAAGACCAGACGCAGUCUGAUGCUGUACUGGACGACGUCUCCUGCAUGCUCGGCUGCACUCGCUCCUCUCUCCAUGUCGUCGCUUCGGAGAAGGGCGUCGUUGUCGGCCGUCUCAUUUUCUAUGAUGAUGGAGACAGGAUAGACUGUACUAAAAUGGGGAUCGGUGGCAAAGCUAUCCCUCCCAACAUCGACCGUGUCGGCGGGCUUGAGAGCGACGCUCUCUUCAUCCUCCUCGUCGAGAAAGACGCCGCGUUCAUGCGGCUUGCAGAGGACCGGUUCUACAAUCGCUUCCCCUGUAUCAUCGUCACAGCCAAAGGCCAGCCCGAUGUGGCAACCCGGCUCUUCCUCAAACGCAUGAAGACUGAGCUAAAGCUACCCGUUCUUGCUCUUGUCGACAGCGAUCCCUACGGGCUUAAGAUCCUCUCAGUCUACAUGUGCGGAUCGAAGAACAUGUCUUACGAUAGCUCGAAUCUGACCACACCGGAUAUCAAAUGGCUGGGGGUUCGGCCGAGCGAUCUUGAUAAGUACCAGGUGCCGGAGCAAUGCCGGCUGCCCAUGACUGAUCAGGACGUGAAGGCUGGUAAAGAUCUUCUCGAGGAGGAUUUCGUGAAGAGGAAUGAGGGGUGGGUGAAGGAGCUUGAGAUGAUGGUGAAGACAAGACAGAAGGCUGAAAUUCAGGCCCUCAGUUCCUUUGGAUUUCAGUAUCUCUCUGAGGUCUAUUUGCCUUUGAAGAUACAGCAGCAGGACUGGUUGUGAACUUCAGAGGUGCAGCAGUUUCUUCUUCUGUUUUUUCAUGCAGUUCCUUUUGACUUUCAUGGUUUGUUUCCUAUUAUUCUGCCUUCAAUUAUAUGAAUUUGAUGAGCUUUAGGAAAUUA